AAUGAACGCCAAUCUCGUAGGUCUACUCGAGUCUCGGAUGGGCAGACUCGAGUCCAUUUGUCUGACAUGUUCCAGAUGUCGCUGCAGUCAAUGACAAGCUCAACCCAAACGGCAUCAACACGAACCACAAGCUUCUCCAGCAGUCCUCUGAGUGACCUGCAUACACAUCACCAGACACUCAGUCGUCAACGUACUAGAAGUAUUGGCCAGUAUGGGGUGAGUCCGACAACUCCUACCCCCAACGAACUCGAAAAUGCAGUGCUCGAAUCCUGGCACACAUCGACGACUGAGUCCGUGUUGCACUGGCCACACUUUGAUGCGUUUCCCAGUCUUCGACAGCAUUACAUACCAAUCUUCGAGUUGGAAAGGUCGCGCCACCCGCUGAAAGUCAAAAGCCAGUGGUCUGACGAUGCAUCGUGCAAUCUCCCAGAAGAGGAAAUAGAUGCAAUCCUGGAUGCCUUUUCCCAAAACUUCAACUUUUGGUACCCAACAAUGUCACUGCAUCAACUGGCAAAAACGAAGCAGACAAUGCUGGGUGGUUGCCAUGAAGAGGAGGACACGCCAGAGACUUGCCUAGCAUUGUUGACGUUAGCAUUGGGCUAUGCGAGCAAGGUCACCUCGAGACUGGUGAACAGUCCACGGUCACCGGAUUCGAAAGAGAAAGAAGAAAAGGCUUCUGCUCGCUCUAGGGGCGACCUCUUCUUUGAAAAAGCACUGAAAAUGCUUUAUGUGGCUCAAACUGAUGUAAGCUCAACAUCAGCUCAGUGUUUGUUCUUCACUGCCAUCUACUUUGCUUUCCUCCGGCGUCCUCUCCAAGCAUGGCAGUGCAUCUCGUCAGCAUCGUCAAAAUGCAUGUUGCUGUUGUCCUACGCAGAUUCAGUCCCCUCCACCUCGUCGCCUUACAUACAGUCAUCGAACACACACCUGCCAAGUCCAAGGAACGUCGGUGCUGAAGACGAGGAAAGAACAAAAAGAAUCUUUUGGGCUUGCUACAUUCUCGAAUCGGAUUAUCUAGCUGAGCUGUCCCACGUACCACUAUCGGGCAUUGCCAGAAUUGAGUCUUCAGUCUCACUGCCGGUGGGCACGUAUCACACCCAUGAGUCACCCAAGGACGAGGAGCUGUCGUCCUUGUACUUCCUGGCAUGCAUUUCGAUGAGACGGCUGCUGAAUCGAGUACAUCAGCUUUUAUACGCAAAGGAUACUGGUGCGGGAAUGGACAUCAAUCGAUUUCCCAGCGUGGUUGCGGAACUGGACCACCAGUUGGAGGAGUGGAGAGACGUUCUUCCUAGCGCUUUUACGUUUGAGGUGCCGGAAAUCGACUCUAGGCGACAGCGGAAGCCGUCUGGCGAAAUGACUGAACAUGGGAGGUUUCUGAGGCAGAGAUACCUGACUUGCCGAAGUGUGAUAUAUCGACCUCCUUCUGUAUCACCGAACCAGGGCAUCCUCGGCAAUUGCAAGUCCUGUCUCGACGCCUGCCUCCUUCACAUCCUCAAUCUGCGAGGUUUUUCCCAAACAAUCCUCGUAGACACCUGGAUUUGUUCUCUGUCAAUGGCCGGGGCAAUGCUUGUCCUUCUUGCCGCAUGUCAAGUGCCAUCGUUACGCAACCUCAUCGGACCAGAAGUCUUGGCUGCAGGACAUCACCUCACCCAGUUGUUGGAGGGUUGGCAGGAAGUUGCUGGGGGACCAAGUUCACCCAGCGUGGAUCAAAGCGUCCAUAUUAUUAAGGAGGCGGAUGGGUUCAUUCGGAAUGUGUAUGAUCAAGAUGGGUAA